CCAGUCAAGACUGCGCGAUCGACGGCAACAUCGUGUUAAAGGGUUAAAGCAAAAGCAAAACAAGAAGGGCGAGUCACAGUGUAGUCACAAUCUACUCAACUUGAUCGGGUCAGAAGCUAGAAAUCGUGGCAAGUCCGGACAGUAGCGAGUUAAGUUAGUCCAGGCUUACGUCCAGGCGCAUGUGACAUCCACGUGCAGACCUAGAAUGAACAGCAUGAUGAGCGAGACAAAGCCAUGUGGGGACGUAGAUGACGCGAUUCACGAGCUGGGACAGAUGAGUGUGGACAUAGACGCCCCUAAGCCAUUUUGCCUGCGUGAACGCCUGGAGAAGCUGCGUCUUCUAGAUAGGUGUGAAAGGGCUGCCCUCCAUCCAUGGAACAAAUCCAGCGAAGAGGCGGCAGGCGUCGACUGCAGCAGACAUGAUGUUGGCCAGGGUCAGGAGAAUGAGCGGCAACACCAAUGGCUCAAUUUGGCGCGCCCGUCACCCCUCAGAAUGUUUAACAGGUUGCAUAGAGGAAGUUGCCCAGCAAGACUCUCACAGCUCUCUUUAAAUGCACACAGGAAUUUAAAGCCAUACAGCAUCCCUUGGCGGCGAGAGGAGCGCGUGCGGACAAAAAGUGAAAACUCUGACACGCUGGAUGAUUAUGUGGAUCCUUGGAUACUUCCAACGAUUAUGCCAAAACUAGAAUUACUGGAUAGUAUUGCAGUGCUACCAGAUCCGACAAUAUUGCGAUCGCGUUCACUGGAAGAUGUCCGAUCUCCCUCGGCUGAAGAGGACCUGGACGACAUGUCGCUUGAAAUUCAACGACUGCACGUCAACGAGUGACCGCGCUGCUCCAAGCAGGCCUUACUUAGACUGAAGUCGCACAAAAUUCUCACUGCUGCCCACCAGCCCAGGAAAAGCUUUAUUCGUUUGCUGAUAAGAAUUUUCAUAUUGCAAAGUAGGAAAGUGAAUUGCAAGCUUCUGUCUUAACUCCUUUGUUCAACCAACAAAUGUAAUUCUGUAAAUUAAUUUUCCGUUCCGUUUUUCAUAUUAUAUUGUAAUAUACAAUCGAGUUUUGAAAUCCCUGCAAAUCCCUGAUGCAUAAGUUUUUCUUGGUAAUUAUUUUAAGUUUGUUUUAUUUUAAGGAAAGUAAAUAAUAAAAAACGUUGCGUAAUCAUA